UCUUUUCCCUUUCGGCCCUUUCUUCGUCGAGAAUUCUUUCGCUUUCUUUAUAUAUUCUCAUUGUAGCUUUAUUCUUCUGUGAACUGCCCAUUUGAUCUUCACCACACCCAGGAUUCUUCCUUCUGUGAAAAACCAUUUCCUUGUUCCUGUUCCUCUGUUAGGAGCUUCAAAGAGGAUCGUAUAUCAACUUCUGCAAUAUCUUCCUCCCGGUUCGUAGACAGUCCUUCACGUUUUCCAUACUGCAAGUCUGAUGGAACUCUUCAGUUGCAACUAAAUCUGGGUUUUCACUUCUUUAAUUUACAGGAAAAAGUUUCUAAAAUUUUAAAUAUUUUACAAAAUUUCAUAUUUUUCAUUUGGAUAAGGAUCUGUGUCAGUAUCGUGUCGCCCAAGAAACGUGUUCUUGUUCUGCAGUUUUUUCAGCUAACUCUGUUUCCGGUUUCUCCCCUCUGCAACUUUUACAUCCUCUGUUCUUCCCUGAAGUUUUGUCUCUUUCUUCAAUAUCUAUACACACACACACACACAUAUAUAUAUAUAUAUAUCAUUGUAAUUGACAGUUAUACAAUCAUUGCAUAUUUCUUAUUUCAAGAACCUGAAUUCAAGUCUCAGAGCAUUCAGGAUCAUACACAGAGGGAGAAUCCCAAGAACUUGAAAAACAAACCAUGAGCCAGAAAGAUGGAGGUAAGAGCCAAGAAGAUUACAAGCUUAAAGACAUGAAACCAGAGCUCGGAGAGAGAUGGCCGCACGGAGGAUUACGAGGUGGAAGCGGAUGGAUCAGCAGCGAACGAGCCGCCAGUACUUACGACCUCGUCGAGCAGAUGUUCUAUCUCUACGUCCGUGUCGUCAAAGCCAAAGACCUCCCUCCGAACCCUGUGACCGGAAACUGCGACCCUUACGUGGACGUAAAGCUCGGAAACUACAAAGGGAAGACGAAACAUUUCGAGAAAAGGACGAACCCCGAAUGGAACCAAGUCUUCGCCUUCUCCAAGGACAAGAUCCAGUCGUCCGUCGUCGAAGUUUUCGUUCGGGACAAGGAGAUGGUGACGAGGGAUGAUUACAUCGGAAAAGUCGUGUUCGACAUGAACGAGGUUCCUACUAGGGUUCCUCCCGAUAGCCCGCUUGCCCCUCAAUGGUACAGAUUGGAAGAUCGCAGAGGCGAGAGCAAGAAGAAAGGAGAGAUUAUGUUAGCUGUCUGGAUGGGGACACAAGCCGAUGAAGCGUUUCCCGACGCUUGGCAUUCGGAUGCUUCUUCCGUGCAAGGAGAAGGCGUUCAUAGCGUGAGAUCGAAGGUAUAUGUAUCUCCGAAACUAUGGUAUUUACGGGUUAACGUGAUCGAAGCUCAAGAUGCCGAACCGAGCGAUCGAACACAGUUGCCUCAAGCUUUUGUGAAGGUUCAGAUCGGGAACCAGAUACUGAAAACCAAGUUGUGUCCGAACAAGACAACGAAUCCGAUGUGGAACGAAGAUCUCGUCUUCGUGGCUGCGGAGCCGUUCGAAGAACAGUUCUACUUGACAGUCGAAAACAAGGUUUCGUCGGCGAAAGAUGAAGUGAUGGGCAGACUGAUCUUGCCUCUGACCGUUUUCGAGAAAAGAUUAGAUCACAGACCGGUUCAUUCCAAAUGGUUCAACCUCGAGAAAUUCGGGUUCGGGGCAUUGGAAGGAGACAAGAGACAUGAACUGAAAUUCUCGAGCAGGAUUCACUUACGGGUCUGCCUCGAGGGCGGAUACCACGUAAUGGACGAAUCGACUCUUUAUAUCAGCGAUGUUCGACCUACAGCUCGACAGCUGUGGAAGCAACCGAUCGGAAUUCUAGAGGUAGGAAUCUUGAGCGCGCAAGGGCUUUCCCCGAUGAAAACGAAAGACGGUAAGGCAACGACCGAUCCGUAUUGCGUGGCGAAAUACGGGCAGAAAUGGGUUAGGACAAGAACCAUCAUCGAGAGUUUCAACCCGAAGUGGAACGAGCAGUACACGUGGGAAGUAUACGACCCUUGUACCGUCAUUACACUCGGAGUUUUCGACAACUGCCAUCUAGGAGGGAGCGAAAAGGCGAACUCGGGGGGAGCAAAGGUCGAUUCGAGAAUCGGGAAAGUGAGAAUCCGGCUUUCGACACUCGAGGCCGACAGAAUCUACACUCAUUCGUACCCGCUCCUUGUUCUGCAAUCUAAAGGGUUGAAGAAAAUGGGAGAGCUCCAACUGGCCGUACGGUUCAAUUUUGGAAUUCCGCCGCUGAGGAAGGAAGUGGUGGAAUACAUGCUAGACGUGGAUUCGCACAUGUGGAGCAUGAGAAGGAGCAAAGCCAAUUUCUUCAGGGUGGUGUCCGUCUUCUCAGGGCUCAUCGCCAUGAGCAAGUGGCUGGGAGAUGUGUGCUACUGGAAAAACCCGGUGACGUCGAUCUUGUUCCACGUCCUCUUGUUCAUUCUGAUCUGUUACCCGGAACUGAUCCUGCCGACGUUGUUCCUGUACAUGUUCUUGAUCGGGGUCUGGAGCUUUCGGUUUAGGGCAAGACACCCUUCCCACAUGGAUACGAAGCUGUCGUGGGCGGAAGCUGCGACUGCGGAUGAGCUGGACGAGGAGUUCGACACUUUCCCGACGUCGAAGGGGCAGGACGUGGUGAAGAUGAGGUACGACAGGUUGAGAAGCGUGGCGGGUAGGAUCCAGAUGGUGGUCGGAGACAUUGCAACGCAGGGGGAGAGGCUUCAGGCGCUGCUGAGCUGGAGAGAUCCGAGGGGGACGUGCUUGUUCGUGCUGUUCUGUCUGGUGGCGGCGGUGGCGUUGUACGUAACGCCCUUCAAGAUAGUGGCGAUGGCUGCCGGAUUUUUCUGGUUGAGGCAUCCUAAGUUCAGAAGCAAGAUGCCCUCUGCUCCCACUAACUUCUUCCGCAGGUUACCCUCUCGUGCUGACAGUAUGCUCUGAGAAUUAAUUAAUUAAUUAAUUAAUUAUAAAUAAUCAUAUACAUUUUGUGUUCUUGAUUUAAA